AUGUAUGAGUCAGUACUUUUUGAAAGCCCGAAUCCUCCCAACUAUGGCAUUAAAAAUGAGCAAAGGAAGGGAUCCCGUCUUCGCCAGGAGGACUUUCCACCGCGGAUUGUUGAGCAUCCUUCAGAUGUGAUAGUCUCUAAGGGAGAGCCAACAACUCUGAACUGUAAGGCCGAGGGAAGGCCAACUCCCACUAUUGAAUGGUACAAGGAUGGAGAGCGAGUGGAGACUGACAAAGAUGACCCCCGCUCCCACCGUAUGCUGCUGCCCAGCGGAUCUUUAUUUUUCUUACGCAUUGUACAUGGACGCAGGAGCAAACCUGAUGAAGGAAGUUAUGUUUGUGUUGCGAGGAACUAUCUUGGUGAAGCUGUGAGUCGCAAUGCAUCUCUGGAAGUAGCAUUGCUACGGGAUGACUUUCGCCAAAACCCUACCGAUGUUGUUGUGGCAGCUGGAGAACCUGCUAUUCUGGAGUGCCAGCCUCCUCGAGGACAUCCUGAGCCCACAAUCUACUGGAAGAAAGAUAAAAUCCGCAUUGACGACAGGGAAGAGAGAAUCAGUAUACGAGGUGGGAAACUAAUGAUCUCAAACACGAGGAAAAGUGAUGCCGGCAUGUACACUUGUGUCGGUACCAACAUGGUGGGCGAACGAGACAGCGAUCCAGCAGAGCUGACUGUCUUUGAACGACCCACGUUUCUCAGGAGACCAAUUAACCAAGUGGUUCUGGAGGAAGAGGCAGUAGAAUUCCGAUGUCAGGUCCAGGGGGAUCCUCAGCCAACAGUCCGUUGGAAGAAAGAUGAUGUGGAUUUGCCAAGAGGAAGAUAUGACAUCAAAGAUGAUUACACCUUACGCAUUAAAAAGGCCACGAGCACAGACGAGGGAACCUACACAUGCAUUGCUGAGAAUCGAGUUGGAAAAGUGGAAGCCUCUGCUACCCUCACAGUUCGAGCUCGCCCUGUUGCUCCCCCGCAGUUUGUGAUAAGGCCACGAGACCAGAUUGUAGCCCAGGGUCGAACAGUGACCUUUCCCUGUGAAACUAAAGGAAAUCCCCAGCCUGCUGUUUUUUGGCAAAAGGAAGGCAGCCAGAAUCUACUCUUUCCAAACCAGCCUCUCCAACCCAACAGUAGGUAUUCAGUAUCACCAACAGGCGACCUCACUAUUACCAACAUUCAACGAUCUGAUGCAGGCUACUACAUCUGUCAGGCGCUGACGGUUGCUGGGAGCAUUUUAGCAAAAGCUCAACUGGAAGUUACUGAUGUUUUGACAGAUAGGCCUCCACCCAUCAUUCUCCAAGGUCCAGCCAAUCAGACGUUGGCAGUAGAUGGGACAGCUUUGUUGAAGUGUAAGGCCACUGGCGACCCACUUCCUGUUAUUAGUUGGUUAAAGGAAGGAUUCACGUUCCUGGGCAGAGAUCCUAGAACAUCAAUACAGGAGCAGGGGACCUUGCAGAUUAAAAGUCUACGGAUAUCUGACACUGGCACUUACACAUGUGUGGCCACAAGUUCAAGUGGGGAGACAUCUUGGAGCGCUGUGCUAGAGGUGACAGAGUCUGGUGGAGCAACAAUCAGUAAAAAUUAUGAUUUGAAUGACCUUCCUGGGCCACCAUCCAAACCCCAGGUCACUGAUGUUACUAAGAACAGUGUCACCUUGUCCUGGCAGCCAGGCACCCCUGGAAGCUUACCAGCUAGUGCAUAUAUCAUUGAGGCUUUUAGCCAAUCUGUGAGCAAUAGCUGGCAAACAGUUGCUAAUCAUGUAAAGACAACACUCUACACUUUAAGAGGAUUGCGACCCAAUACAAUCUACCUGUUUAUGGUGAGAGCAAUCAACUCACAAGGUCUGAGUGACCCCAGCCCUAUGUCAGAUCCUGUCCGCACACAAGAUAUCAGCCCACCAGCACAAGGAGUGGAUCACAGGCAAGUCCAGAAAGAGCUAGGAGACGUCAUUGUACGGCUACAUAAUCCUGUUGUGCUGACACCCACUACAGUUCAAGUCACCUGGACAGUUGACCGCCAAUCCCAGUUUAUUCAGGGCUAUCGAGUAAUGUAUCGCCAAACAUCAGGCCUGUCUUCUCCAAUGGCAUGGCAGAAUUUGGAUGUGAAAGUCCCCACUGAGCGCAGUGCUGUCCUAGUCAACUUGAAAAAAGGGGUUUCUUAUGAAAUUAAAGUUCGACCCUAUUUCAAUGAAUUCCAAGGAAUGGAUAGUGAAUCAAAGUCUGCCCGUACUACUGAAGAAGCUCCAAGUGCCCCUCCGCAGUCUGUUACUGUUCUAACAGUUGGAAACCAUAACAGCACAAGCAUCAGCAUUUCCUGGGACCCUCCCCCACCAGAUCACCAAAAUGGAAUCAUCCAGGAGUAUAAGAUCUGGUGCCUAGGUAAUGAGACUCGAUUUCACAUCAACAAAACAGUAGAUGCAGCCAUUCGCUCUGUAGUGAUAGGUGGCCUAUACCCUGGUAUUCAAUAUCGAGUGGAAGUUGCAGCAAGUACCAGUGCAGGUGUUGGAGUAAAAAGUGAACCACAAUCCAUAAUAAUUGGAGGUCGUAACGAAGUUGUCAUCACUGAAAAUAACAACAGCAUAACUGAGCAAAUCACUGAUGUUGUCAAGCAGCCUGCCUUUAUUGCUGGCAUUGGUGGGGCAUGCUGGGUAAUUCUGAUGGGUUUCAGCAUCUGGCUGUAUUGGCGAAGAAAGAAGAGGAAGGGGCUGAGCAAUUAUGCUGUUCAGUCCUUCACCUUCACCCCUGCAGUCACUUUUCAAAGAGGAGAUGGAGGACUAAUGAGCAAUGGAAGUCGACCAGGUCUGUUGAAUGCAAGUGACCCCAGUUAUCCUUGGCUUGCAGACUCUUGGCCUGCCACCAGUCUGCCAGUAAACAACAGCACUAGUGGACCCAACGAUCUUGGGAAUUUUGGUCGUGGAGAUGUGCUGCCACCAGUGCCAGGCCAAGGGGAUAAAACUGCCACUAUGCUUUCUGAUGGAGCCAUUUACAGCAGCAUUGACUUCACCACCAAAACUAGUUACAACAGUUCCAGCCAAAUCACACAAGCUACACCAUAUGCCACCACGCAGAUUCUGCAUUCCAACAGCAUCCAUGAGUUGGCAGUCGACUUACCUGAUCCUCAGUGGAAAAGCUCAAUUCAGCAAAAAACUGACCUCAUGGGAUUCGGUUACUCUCUGCCAGACCAAAGCAAAGGCAACAACGCCUUACUUUACAUCCCUGACUACCGAUUGGCUGAGGGAUUGUCUAAUAGAAUGCCACACAACCAGUCACAGGAUUUCAGCACCACCAGCUCUCACAACAGCUCAGAAAGAAGUGGCAGCCUCUCAGGUGGGAAAGGAGGAAAAAAGAAGAAAAACAAAAAUACUUCCAAGCCCCAGAAAAAUAAUGGGUCUAACUGGGCCAAUGUUCCUCUACCACCUCCUCCAGUGCAGCCGCUCCCAGGCACAGAGCUAGAGCACUAUGGAGAGGACCAGCAAGAAGCAGGAUAUGACAGUGAUGGUUGGUGUCCUCCUUUACCGGUUCAGACGUACUUACACCAGGGCCUGGAGGAUGAGCUUGAAGAAGAUGAUGACAGAGUGCCUACACCACCUGUCCGAGGGGUGGCCUCCUCACCAGCAAUCUCCUUUGGGCAACAGUCCACUGCAACUCUCACACCUUCUCCACGAGAGGAAAUGCAGCCAAUGCUUCAAGCCCACCUUGAUGAAUUAACCAGGGCCUACCAGUUUGACAUAGCAAAGCAAACAUGGCACAUCCAAAGCAAUACUCAACCUCCUCUGGCUCCAAUUCCACCACUUGGAUAUGUAGCUGGAACCCUUAUUUCAGAUUUGGAAACAGACAUUCCAGAUGAUGAUGAGGAUGAUAUUGAAGAAGAAGCUAUAGAAAUCACUAGGCCACUAAGAGGUCUAGAGCAUACUCCAGGAUCCAGUAUGGACAACCUAGACAGCUCUGUGACAGGUUCAAUGGUAAAUGGAUGGGGUUCUGCGUCUGAUGAGGACCGUAACUUUUCUAGUCAUAGAUCUAGUGUAGGUAGCUCCUCAGAUGACUCGAUCUUUACCAGCGGCAGUUUUGCACAAGCACUGGUUGCAGCAGCAGAUAAAGCUGGGUUUAGGCUGGAUGGAACCAGCCUGACAAGAACAGGCAAAGCAUACCCUUCCUCUCAGCGACCUCGGCCAAGCAGCCCAUUUUCAACUGACAGUAACACCAGUGCAGCCCUGAAUCAGAGUCAGAGGCCUAGGCCUACUAAAAAACACAAGGGGGGUAGAUUGGACCAACCCCCAUUGCCUCAUCGCAGGGAGGGAAUGACAGACGAUCUUCCACCACCACCAGAUCCGCCCCCUGGUCAGGGUUUAAGGCAGCAAAUAGGCCCUGGCCAGCGCGGAGGCUCGGCAGAGAGAAAAGGAAGCUCUCUUGAGAGGCAGCAUACUUCCAACAUAGAUGAAACAAAGAGCUCAUUGGAUCGUCAAGCUAGAACAUCAUUAGAAUGGCAGCGACAAACCCAGGAAUGGAUAAGCUCCACAGAACGUCAAGAAGAUUUCAGGAAAGCCCAACAUAAACAAGCAUUUGGAUCAGAAGAGGCGCUGGUGCCAUAUAGUAAGCCCAGUUUCCCAUCCCCAGGUGGUCACAGCUCUUCAGGAACAGCUUCUUCUAAAGGAUCGACUGGACCCAGAAAAGGCGAAGCCUUGCGAGGAGGUCACCAACGCAAUGCUAGUGACCUUCUUGAUGUAGGAUAUAUGGGAUCAAAUAAUCCAGGACAGUUUACUGGUGAAUUAUUUGUUCAUUACUUUGGUACACUGACAGAGUCUGAUGAAAAAUCCCGACCCAAUAACUCUUCAUCCAUUUUAGAGGAUUCCUUAUCUCCUAGAAAGGUCUAG